AUGUCACUGUCACCAAGUUCUUUCAGUCUCCAUUACGAGAAACCAAAGCGAUACAGAUUGGUUAUUUAUGAUUGUUUAUUAUGGCUUUUAUCAGUAAUCUUUGACUGUUUUUUUAGAGAAAUUAGACCCAGGGGAGCCUUUAAGAUUCCCAGAGAAGGUCCUGUUAUUUUUGUUGCAGCUCCUCAUCAUAACCAAUUUGUCGACCCAAUUGUGUUGAUGAACCAAGUUAAAAGAGAAGCAAACCGAAGAAUAUCAUUCUUAAUUGCAGCAAAAUCGUAUCAAUUGAAAGCAGUUGGGACAAUGGCAAAAUGCCAAUUGUCAAUUCCAGUUAUUAGACCACAAGACUGUUUAACCAAGGGCAGUGGUAAAAUAUUUAUUGAUUUCGAGAGCAAUCCAUUAAAGAUCAUUGGGAAGAACACCAAGUUUACUACAGAGUGCAUGGUGAAGGGUUUAAUUGCGUUACCACAGUCAUUGGGUGCUUCUGAAGUGGCAGAAAUCAUCUCGGACACAGAGUUACUUAUACGUAAGGAGUUUAAAAAUCUGGAAAAAAUCAAAGAAUUAUUAUCCCAAGGCACAUCCUUCAAGCGUGCUGACAAAGUUGACCAAAAGCAAGUCUAUCAAAUGGUCUUUGAUCAUUUGGCAGAUGAGGGCUGUAUUGGUAUUUUCCCUGAGGGAGGAUCUCACGAUCGUCCAGAUUUGUUACCUUUGAAAGCAGGUGUCGCUGUCAUGGCUCUUGGGGCAAUGGACAAAAACCCAGACUGUAAUAUUAAGAUUGUUCCAUGUGGUAUGAAUUAUUUUAGUGCCCAUAAAUUUAGAAGUAGAGCUGUUGUUGAAUUUGGUGAUCCAAUCGAAAUUCCUAAAGAGUUGGUGAAAAAAUACUCCAAUCCUGAAACCAACCGUGAGGCUGUAAAGGACUUGUUGGACAUCAUAACCACUGGUUUAAAAGCUGUUACUGUUACUUGUCAAGAUUUUGAGACAUUGAUGUUGAUUCAAGCAGCAAGACGAUUAUAUGCUGGAAAUUUUGCUCAGCAAUUGCCAUUGCCAUUGAUUGUUGAAAUGAAUAGAAGAUUAGUCAUCGGUUACGAACACUUCAAGAACGUUCCAAAAGUGCAAGAACUUAAGGACAAAGUUAUGGCAUAUAACGAAUUUCUUAAAACUUUGCAUUUACCGGACCAUCACGUCGAAAGUUGUAACGACAAGACCCAUAAAAUUGCCUUGAUACCAAGCUUCUUCAUCAGACUUUUCGAGGUCAUAUGUUUGUUCAUUUUGGCGUUACCAGGGGCCAUUUUGUUUUCACCAGUUUUCAUAUCUAGUAAGAUGAUCUCCAGAAAGAAGGCAAAAGAAGCAUUAGCUAAUUCCGUUGUCAAAAUUCAAGCAAAUGAUGUUAUUGCCACAUGGAAAAUUUUGGUUGCCAUGGGUAUUGCACCAGUGGUCUACUCCUUUUAUGCCAGUAUUGGUACCUAUUACUGUUCAACUCAUAACUAUUUUCUGCAUUGGAGAUUAUUCUGGGUCUGGAUUUUCUUGUACAUCUGUGGGGUAUUGGUGACUUAUUCUGCGUUGGUAACUGGAGAACAAGGUAUGGAUUUAUUGAAGUCCAUUCGUCCAUUGUAUUUGUCUAUAACUUCUGGAUCUUCAAUCAAGGAAUUGAAAAAAAUGAGAGCUGAAUUAAGUGAAGAGAUUACCGAACUCGUCAAUAGCUACGGACCUCAGUUGUAUCCAAAUGAUUUCAAUUUGCUCGAAUUGCAGAAAUCAUUGAAUAUUAACGGAGAAGUCAAUUAUAUUGAUAGUGACGAAGAAGAAGAAUUGAAGACUGAGGAAUUACGUCAACGACGCUUGGCAAGACGUAAAGCUAAGAAAAAGUUUGCAGAUCAAGAUGACGACUCUGAGUUGAAGAAUUCUUCUUCCAUGAGUGAUGGUGUUUCCUUAUUGAACUCAGACAAUUCAUUGACCAAUCUUCCAAUGUUUUCCGACUAUGUUUUGCACAAGAACGCCAAGAACGCAGAUUUGGAAUUAGACCCACAAUCUCUAGCUGCUUCAAGAGUCAAUUCAAUGGCCAACAUACCUCAUGUUUCCAAUAGUGCUAAUGGUUCCUCACAGAUGAAAUCAAGACGUCCCCCAUUGGUUGAAACGGCAUCGUCAGAUCAUAUGGAAUUAAACUUUGGCUCAGGUGGAGUCAAAUCCAGAAGAGCUGACUUGAAAGAUAAAAUUAAACUGAAACUUAGAGAAAGUAGAAAAGAUGGCCAAUCUUGA